UCCUCGCACGGGGGCCCGGCCACUCGCAGCAGCUCCGCCGCGGGGACUGCACCUCCGCCUGCCGGACCCGCCCCGCCCGCCCGGGGCUCGACGCCGCCGCCGCCCGAGACCGCGGGCCCGCGCCCCGCUGGGCUUCGGUGCCGAGCGCGCAGGCUGUGUGACCGAGACUCCGAGAGAGACUGAGCAGAGGACCGAGGAGAGGAGAGGAGAGGACUGAGGAGGGGACCGGAAGGAGGGGCGGGCUCCUGGCAAGGCCUUCGCUCCUGAACGAGUCCUGCAAAAGAUGGAGAAGGAGGAGGAGACCACGCGGGAGCUGCUGCUGCCCAACUGGCAGGGCAGCGGCUCGCACGGGCUGACCAUCGCCCAGACAGAUGACGGCGUCUUCGUGCAGGAGGUCGUGCAGAACUCGCCCGCGGCCCGCACCGGCGUGGUCAAGGAGGGGGACCAGAUUGUGGGCGCCACCAUCUACUUCGACAACCUGCAGUCGGGCGAGGUGACGCAGCUGCUGAGCACCAUGGGCCACCACACGGUGGGCCUGAAGCUGCACCGCAAGGGGGACCGCUCCCCGGAGCCCGGCCAGACCUGGACGCACGAGGUCUUCAGCUCCCGCACCUCUGAGGUGGUUCUGAGCGGGGAUGACGAGGAGUACCAGCGCAUCUAUGCCACCAAGAUCAAGCCCCGGCUGAAGUCGGAGGACGGAGUGGAAGGCGACCCCGGGGAGACCCAGAGCCGCACCAUCACGGUGACCAGGAGGGUCACGGCCUACACUGUGGAUGUGACGGGCCGGGAAGGAGCCAAGGACAUCGACAUCAGCAGCCCUGAGUUCAAGGUCAAGAUCCCACGGCACGAGCUAACCGAAAUCUCCACUGUGGACGUGGAGACCCAGUCUGGGAAGACGGUGAUCCGACUGCCCUCGGGCCCGGGGGCUGUGGACGUGCGAGCCGGCGCCAUGGCUGCUUCGGGACCAGAGCUCCACGGGGCUGGCCACUCGAAGCUGCAGGUCUCCGUGCCCGGGAUCAAGGUGGGAAGCCCAGACACCAGAGUCAGCGCCAAGGGCUUGGACUUGGGCGGCAGAGGGGGGGCCCAGGGUCCAGGAGUGGGCGUUUCGUCUUCUCUUGGUGGUGGGGCGGUAGAGGUUCAGGGCCCAUCUCUGGAGAGUGACAGUAAUGGGAAAAUUAAAAUUCCCACCAUGAAGAUGCCAAAAUUUGGUGUCUCCACGGGGCCCCAGCCCCAGGCCCCGGAGGCAGGGUGGUAUGUUUCUGCAGCUGCCGGUGCCACGGCUCAGGGGCCUCAGGGGAAGCUGCAGGGCCCCCGAAUCACUGGGCCGUCCUUUGAGGGAGACAGAGGCCUGAAAGGUGCCAAGCCCCAGGGGAGCGUCGAGGUGGACAUCUCUGCUCCCAAAGUCAAGGGCACCAUCCCCGGCCCCCAUGUGCAAGGUCAAGGCCCUGAUGUUGACCUUCACGGGCCUGGAGGCAAACUCACCAUGCCCGAGAUGAAAGCGCCCAAAUUCUCUGUGUCAGGCCCUAAGGGGGAGGGAACUGGGAUUGACGUGACACUUCCUGGGGUCUCGGGGGGCGUCAGCCUGCCCGAGGUUGCUACGGGCGGGCUGGAAGGGAAGCUGAAGGGCACUAAAGUCAAGACUCCCGAAAUGAUUAUUCAGAAACCCAAAAUCUCCAUGCAGGACGUGGAUCUGAGCCUGGGGUCCUCCAAACUGAGAGGAGACGUUAAGGUUUCCGCUCCGGGAAUGCAAGGCGAUGUCAAAGGCCCUCAAGUGGCAGUUAAAGGCUCCAAAGUGGACAUAGAGUCGCCCAGCCUAGAGGGGACCCUGGCAGGACCCAAGCUGAGCAGCCCUUCUGGGAAGAUGGGAACCUGCAGCAUCUCCAUGGCAGAUGUCGACUUAAAGGUGGCUGCCCCUAAAGGGAAAGGGGGUGUAGAUGUCACGCUCCCCAAAGUCGAAGGCAAAGUCAAAGUCCCCGAAGUGGAUGUCAAAGGCCCCAAAGUGGAUGCCCGUGCCCCAGAUGUGGAACUCCAUGGCCCAGAGUGGAACCUGAAAAUGCCCAAGAUGAAAAUGCCCAAGUUCGGCACUCCGGGAGUCCAAGGGGAAGGCCCAGAGGUAGACGUCCAUCUACCCAAAGGAGAUGUCAGCAUUACGGGGCCCAAGGUCAACGUGGAGGCUCCCGGUGUCAGUGUAGGAGGCCUGGGGGGCAAGCUGAAAGGCCCUGAUGUUAAGCUGCCUGAAGUGAGUGUCAAGACGCCAAAGGUCUCCAUGCCAGAUGUCGAUCUGCACCUGAAAGGCCCCUCGGUGAAAGGAGGGUACGACGUAUCGGCACCAAAACUUGAAGGGGAGCUGAAAGGCCCCCAGGUGGACAUUAAUGCCCCCGACGUGGAUGCUCAUGGCCCAGAAUGGCACCUGAAGAUGCCCAAGAUGAAAAUGCCCAAGUUCGGCGUGCCAGGGUUCAGAGCGGAGGGCCCAGAGGUGGACAUGAACCUGCCCAAGCCUGAUGUGGACAUUUCCGGGCCCAAGGUAGAUGUGAGUGCUCCGGAUGUGAGGAUGGAGGGACCGGAAGGAAAAUUGAAAGGACCCAAAUUUAAGAUGCCCGAGAUGAAUAUCAAAGCCCCCAAGAUCUCCAUGCCAGAUGUGGACUUGCAUUUGAAAGGCCCUAGUGUCAAAGGAGAAUACGAUGUGACGGUGCCAAAGGCAGAAGGUGAGGUGAAAGUUCCCGAUGUUGAACUUAAGAGUGCCAGAGUGGACAUUGAUGUUCCAGAUGUGGAUGUUCAAGGCCCAGACUGGCACCUGAAGAUGCCCAAAGUGAAAAUGCCCAAGUUCAGCAUGCCUGGCUUCAAAGGAGAGGGCCCAGAUGUGGAUGUGAACCUGCCCAAGGCUGACAUUGACAUCUCUGGACCCAAGGUGGACAUUGAAGCCCCAGAUGUGAGCAUUGAGGGCCCAGAAGGAAAACUGAAGGGCCCCAAGUUCAAGAUGCCGGAAAUGCACUUUCAUGCCCCCAAGAUCUCCAUGCCUGACUUUGAUUUGCACCUGAAAGGUCCCAAAGUAAAGGGCGAUGUGGACGGUUCCCUGCCUAAAGUGGAAGGCCCUGAAGUUGACAUCAAGGGCCCCAAAGUGGACAUUGAAGCCCCAGAUGUGGACGUCCAUGGCCCAGACUGGCACCUGAAGAUGCCCAAGGUGAAAAUGCCCAAGUUCAGCAUGCCUGGCUUCAAAGGAGAAGGCCCAGAUGUGGAUGUGAACCUCCCCAAAGCCGACAUCGACGUCUCAGCACCCAAAGUUGACCUGGAGUGUCCUGAUGUGAAUAUUGAAGGGCCUGAAGGAAAGUGGAAAAGUCCAAAAUUUAAGAUGCCUGAUAUGCAUUUCAAGACUCCAAAGAUAUCCAUGCCAGAUAUUGAUCUUAACCUAACAGGACCAAAAAUAAAAGGAGAUGUGGAUGUCACAGGUCCCAAGCUAGAGGGAGAUCUGAAAGGUCCUGAAGUUGACCUCAAAGGCCCCAAAGUGGACAUUGAUGUUCCAGAUGUGGACGUUCACGGCCCAGACUGGCACCUGAAGAUGCCCAAGAUGAAAAUGCCCAAGUUCAGCAUGCCUGGCUUCAAAGCAGAGGGCCCCGAAGUGGAUGUGAACCUGCCCAAGGCUGACAUUGAUGUAACUGGACCCAAGGUGGACAUUGAGGGCCCUGAUGUGAACAUUGAAGGACCAGAAGGGAAGUUGAAAGGGCCUAAGUUUAAGAUGCCCGAGAUGAACAUCAAGGCACCCAAGAUCUCCAUGCCUGACUUUGAUUUGCACCUGAAAGGCCCCAAAGUAAAGGGAGAUGUGGACGGUUCCCUGCCUAAAGUGGAAGGCCCUGAAGUUGACAUCAAGGGCCCCAAAGUGGACAUUGACGUCCCAGAUGUGGAUGUUCAUGGUCCUGAUUGGCACCUGAAGAUGCCCAAGGUGAAAAUGCCCAAGUUCAGCAUGCCUGGCUUCAAAGGAGAGGGCCCAGAUGUGGAUGUGAACCUGCCCAAAGCUGACUUGGAUGUCUCAGGACCCAAGGUGGACAUUGAUGUUCCAGAUGUGAAUAUUGAAGGUCCAGAUGCGAAACUGAAGGGCCCCAAGUUCAAGAUGCCUGAGAUGAACAUCAAGGCUCCUAAGAUCUCCAUGCCAGAUUUGGACCUUAAUCUUAAAGGCCCUAAGAUGAAAGGAGAGGUGGAUGUUUCACUGCCAAAUGUAGAAGGAGAUUUGAAAGGGCCCACUCUUGACAUCAAGGGCCCGAAGAUCGAUGUAGAUGCUCCAGCUGUUGACAUUCAUGGUCCAGAAGGCAAGCUGAAAGGCCCAAAAGUGAAGAUGCCUGACAUGCAUGUAAACAUGCCCAAGAUCUCUAUGCCAGAAAUUGACCUGAAUUUGAAAGGCUCAAAGCUUAAGGGAGAGGUGGAUGUUUCUGGGCCCAAAUUAGAAGGGGACAUUAAAGCUCCCAAGUUGGAUGUAAAGGGCCCGGAAGUGGACAUUUCUGGCCCUAAGCUCAAUAUCGAAGGCAAGUCAAAGAAGUCUCGUUUUAAGCUUCCCAAAUUUAAUUUUUCCGGCUCCAAAGUCCAGACACCUGAGGUGGAUGUCAAAGUUAAAAAGCCAGAUAUUGACGUCACAGGCCCAAAAGUUGACAUCAAUGCUCCUGAUGUUGAAGUCCAAGGGAAAGUGAAAGGAUCCAAGUUCAAAAUGCCUUUCCUGAGUAUCUCAUCUCCUAAAGUUUCUAUGCCUGAUGUAGAGCUAAAUCUGAAAGGUCCUAAAGGCAAAGGAGACUUAAGUGUUGCAGGCCCUGAUUUAGAAGGUGACUUUAAAGGACCCCAAGUGGACAUUAAGGCACCAGAAGUCCAUCUUGAUGCACCUGAUGUGGAUGUUCAUGGCCCAGACUUUAAUUUGAAAAUGCCCAAGAUGAAAAUGCCCAAGUUUGGUGUGCCUGGCUUAAAAGCAGAAGGGCCAGAUCUGUCUGUGGAUCUACCAAAAGGAGAUAUCAACAUAGAGGCUCCCAAGAUGGACAUUGAGGGCCCAGAAAUCAGUGUGGAAGGUCUAGAAGGAGGCUUAAAAGGCCCCAAACUCAAGAUGCCUGACAUGAAUAUUAAAGCUCCCAAGAUCUCCAUGCCUGACAUCGAUGUAAAUCUGAAGGGCCCCAAGGUAAAAGGUGAUGUGGAUGUUUCCCUGCCCAAAGUGGAAGGAGAUCUGAAAGGCCCAGGGAUUGAUAUCAAGGGGCCCAAAGUGGACAUUAAUGCCCCUGAUGUAGACGUCCAUGGCCCGGACUGGCACCUGAAGAUGCCCAAGGUGAAAAUGCCCAAGUUCAGCAUGGCUGGCUUCAAAGCAGAGGGCCCCGAAGUGGAUGUGAACCUGCCCAAGGCCGACAUUGAUGUUCCCGAUGUGAGUAUCGAAGGCCCGGAUGCGAAGCUGAAGGGCCCCAAGUUCAAGAUGCCUGAGAUGAACAUCAAAGCCCCCCACAUCUCCAUGCCUGACAUUGAUCUGAACCUGAAGGGCCCCAAAGUGAAGGGCGAUGUUGACGUGUCUUUGCCAAAAGUGGAAGGCGACCUAAGGGGCCCUGAGGUGGACAUCAAGGGCCCUAAAGUGGACAUUGACACUCCUGACAUUAGCAUUGAAGGCCCAGAGGGGAAACUGAAGGGGCCCAAGUUCAAGAUGCCAGAGAUGCACCUAAAGGCUCCCAAGAUCUCCAUGCCUGACAUCGACUUAAACCUGAAAGGCCCCAAGGUGAAGGGUGAUGUGGACGUUUCUCUUCCCAAGAUUGAAGGGGAUCUGAAAGGCCCUGAAGUUGACAUCAAGGCCCCAAAAGUGGACAUUAAUGCCCCUGAUGUGGACGUCCAUGGCCCAGACUGGCACCUGAAGAUGCCCAAGGUGAAAAUGCCCAAGUUCAGCAUGCCAGGCUUCAAAGGAGAGGGCCCUGAAGUGGAUGUGAACCUGCCCAAGGCUGACAUCGACGUCUCAGCACCCAAAGUGGACAUUGAAGGCCCUGACGUUAAUAUUGAGGGGCCCGAGGGAAAGUUGAAAGGUCCGAAGUUCAAAAUGCCGGAGAUGAACAUCAAGGCGCCCAAGAUCUCCAUGCCUGACUUUGAUUUGCAUCUGAAAGGUCCUAAGGUCAAAGGGGAUGUGGACGUUUCCCUGCCUAAGGUGGAAGGUGAUCUGAAAGGCCCUGAAGUUGACAUCAAGGGCCCCAAAAUGGACAUUAAUGCACCAGACGUGGAUGUUCAAGGCCCAGACUGGCACCUGAAGAUGCCCAAAGUGAAAAUGCCCAAGUUCAGCAUGCCUGGCUUCAAAGGAGAGGGCCCAGAUGUGGAUGUGAACCUGCCCAAGGCCGACAUUGAUGUCUCAGCACCCAAAGUAGACGUUGAAAUUCCAGAUGUCCAUCUAGAAGGUCCGGAUGCAAAACUGAAGGGCCCCAAGUUCAAGAUGCCAGAGAUGAACAUCAAAGCCCCCAAGAUCUCCAUGCCUGACUUUGAUUUGCAUCUGAAAGGUCCUAAGGUCAAAGGGGAUGUGGACGUUUCCCUGCCUAAGGUGGAAGGUGACUUAAAGGCCCCUGAAGUUGACAUCAAAGGCCCCAAAGUGGAUGUUGAUGUCCCAGACGUGGAUGUUCACGGCCCAGACUGGCACCUGAAGAUGCCCAAAGUGAAAAUGCCCAAGUUCAGCAUGCCAGGCUUCAAAGGAGAGGGCCCAGAUGUGGAUGUGAACCUGCCCAAGGCCGACAUUGACAUCUCAGGACCCAAAGUGGACAUAGACACUCCUGACAUUGACAUUCAUGGCCCAGAAGGGAAGCUGAAGGGCCCCAAGUUCAAAAUGCCUGACCUGCACCUCAAAGCCCCCAAGAUCUCCAUGCCUGAAGUCGACCUGAAUCUGAAGGGCCCCAAAGUGAAGGGCGAUGUGGACGUUUCUCUGCCCAAAGUGGAAGGUGACCUCAAGGGCCCUGAACUUGACAUCAAAGGCCCCAAAGUGGACAUCGAUGUCCCAGAUGUGGACGUGCAUGGUCCCGACUGGCACCUGAAGAUGCCCAAGGUGAAAAUGCCCAAGUUCAGCAUGCCAGGCUUCAAAGGAGAGGGCCCAGAUGUGGAUGUGAACCUGCCCAAGGCCGACAUUGAUGUCUCCGGACCCAAGGUGGACAUUGAUGUCCCAGAUGUGAAUAUCGAAGGUCCAGAUGCAAAACUGAAGGGCCCCAAGUUCAAGAUGCCAGAGAUGAACAUCAAAGCCCCCAAGAUCUCCAUGCCUGACUUUGACUUAAGCCUGAAAGGGCCAAAGGUGAAGGGCGAUGUGGACCUUUCGCUGCCCAAGGUGGAAGGUGACCUGAAAGGACCAGAGGUGGACAUUGAGGGACCUGAAGGGAAACUCAAAGGCCCCAAGUUCAAGAUGCCUGAUGUGCACUUCAAAACCCCACAGAUCUCCAUGAGUGACAUUGAUUUGAACUUGAAAGGACCUAAAGUAAAAGGAGAUCUGGACCUUUCCGUUCCUAAACUGGAAGGUGAUCUGAAAGGCCCCAAAGUGGAUAUUAAAGGCCCUAAGCUGGACAUAGACACUCCUGACAUUGACAUUCAUGGCCCAGAAGGGAAGCUGAAGGGCCCCAAGUUCAAAAUGCCUGACCUGCACCUCAAAGCCCCCAAGAUCUCCAUGCCUGAAGUCGACCUGAAUCUGAAGGGUCCCAAAGUGAAGGGCGAUGUGGACGUUUCUCUGCCCAAAGUGGAAGGUGACCUCAAGGGCCCUGAACUUGACAUCAAAGGCCCCAAAGUGGACAUCGAUGUCCCAGAUGUGGACGUGCAUGGUCCCGACUGGCACCUGAAGAUGCCCAAGGUGAAAAUGCCCAAGUUCAGCAUGCCUGGCUUCAAAGGAGAGGGCCCAGACGUGGAUGUGAACCUGCCCAAGGCUGACUUUGAUGUCUCCGGACCCAAGGUGGACAUUGAUGUCCCAGAUGUAAAUAUCGAAGGUCCAGAUGCAAAACUGAAGGGCCCCAAGUUCAAGAUGCCUGAGAUGAACAUCAAAGCCCCCAAGAUCUCCAUGCCUGACCUUGAUCUGAACCUGAAGGGCCCCAAGAUGAAGGGCGAUGUGGACGUUUCCCUGCCCAAAGUGGAAGGUGACCUCAAGGGCCCUGGAAUUGACAUCAAAGGCCCCAAAGUGGACAUCGAUGUCCCUGAUGUGGACAUGCAUGGUCCUGACUGGCACCUGAAGAUGCCCAAGGUGAAAAUGCCCAAGUUCAGCAUGCCAGGCUUCAAAGGAGAGGGCCCAGAUGUGGAUGUGAACCUUCCCAAGGCCGACAUUGAUGUCUCUGGACCCAAGGUGGACAUUGAUGUUCCAGAUGUAAAUAUCGAAGGUCCAGAUGCAAAACUGAAGGGUCCCAAGUUCAAGAUGCCUGAGAUAAAUAUCAAAGCUCCUAAGAUCUCCAUGCCUGAUGUUGACCUAGAUUUGAAGGGCCCCAAAGUCAAAGGAGAUUUUGAGAUGUCCGUUCCUAAGAUGGAAGGUACUUUCAAAGGCCCAGAAGUAGACUUGAAAGGCCCAGGUCUGGAUUUCGAAGGCCCUGAGGCCAAACUCAGUGGCCCACAUUUCAAGAUGCCAUCGCUGGAUAUAUCUGCCCCUAAAGUAACUGUUCCUGAUGUUGAUUUGCAUCUCAAGACACCCAAGAUUGGGCUUUCCGGCCCCAAAGUAGAAGGCGGAGAACUGGACCUUAAGGGGCCUAAAGUUGACUUGGAAGUGCCGGCCUUGGACGUCCACAUGGAGGGCCCAGAUGUGAACCUGGAGGGGCCGGAUGUCAAAGUCCCCAAACUUAAGAAACCCAAGUUUGGAUUUGGGACCAAAAGCCCCAAAGCUGACUUCAAGGCGCCGUCGGCCGAGGUGACUGUCCCUGAGGCGGAGCUCAGCGUCGAGACCCCGGACAUCAGCGUCGGUGGCAAGGGCAAGAAGAGCAAGUUUAAGAUGCCCAAGAUCCACAUGAGCGGCCCCAAAAUCAAAACCAAGAAGCAAGGGUUUGAUCUGAACCUUCCUGGCGGCGAGAUGGACGCCAGCCUCAAGGCUCCGGACGUGGACGUGAACGUGGCGGGGCCGGAUGCCUCGCUGAAAGUGGACGUGAAAUCCCCUAAAACCAAGAAGCCCAUGUUCGGGAAGAUGUACUUCCCCGAUGUGGAAUUUGACAUUAAAUCAUCCAAAUUCAGAGCGGAGGCCUCCCUCCCCAGCCCCAAGAUGGAGGGCGAGAUCCAGGCGGGCGGCCUGGACGUCUCCUCGCCGGGAAUUCACGUGGACGCCCCUGACGUCCGCCUCGAAGGCCCCAGUGCUCACGUCAAAGCACCGUCCUUCGGCAUCUCUGCCCCUCAGGUCUCCGCCCCCGAUGUGAACCUGAGCUUGAAAGGACCGAAGGUCAAGGGCGACGUCCCCAGCGUGGGAUUGGAAGGACCGGACCUAGACCUGCAAGGUCCGGAAGCGAAAAUCAAGUUCCCCAAGUUUUCGAUGCCCAAGAUCGGUGUCCCCGGCGUGAACGUGGAGGGCGUGGGAGCUGAGGUCCAGCUGCCCUCGCUGGAAGGAAGCGUGGGCGCACCGGAUGUGAGGCUCGAAGGGCCUGGCGUGUCUCUGAAGGGGCCGAGGGUAGACUUGCCUUCGGCGAACCUCUCCAUGCCCAAGGUCUCCGGGCCUGACCUUGACCUGAACUUGAAAGGACCAAGUGUGAAGGGAGACCUGGCCGUCUCGGGUGACAUCAAGGGCCCUAAAGUGUCAGUCGGCGCUCCCGAUCUGAGCUGGGAGGCGCCGGAAGGUGGCAUUAAGCUUCCCCAGAUGAAGCUGCCCCAGUUCGGCAUCUCCACGCCCGGGUCCGACGUGGACGUGAGCGUCAAGGGGCCCCAGCUGACCGGAGAGCUGAAGGCGCCAGGCAUGGACGUGAAUCUCGGAGGCCUCGGCCUCAAGGGGCCUCAGAUCUCGGCCCCGGAUGUGGACUUGCACGUGAAAGGACCAAACGUGAAAGGGAGCCUCGGGGGCUCCGGGGAGCUGCACGGGCCCUCUGUCGGAGGAGGCCUUCCGGGCGUGAGCAUUCACGGCGUGAAGGCCCCUGCGUGCGGUCUGGAGCUGCAGGGGGGCGAGGUGAGGCUCCCCGCUGGGCAGGUUUCCGGCCCUGACAUCAAAGGCGACCUGAAAGGACCUUCCUUCUCUGUGGCCUCUCCCGAGUCCAAUCUUGGCUUCAGCCUGAAGGGCCCGAAAAUCCACGGAGGCGUGGAUGUGUCGGGGGGUGUCGGCGCCCCAGACGUCAGCCUGGGCGAAGGGCACCUGAGCGCCAAAGGCCCCGGGGUCGAGUGGAGAGGCCCCCAGGUCUCUGCUCUCAACCUGGGCGCGCCCACGGUCGCCGGCGGGCUCCAUUUCUCCGGACCAAAGGCGGAAGGAGCAGGGAAAGGAGGCCACGUCGGACUCCAGGGCCCGGGGCUGAGCGUGUCCGGGCCCCAGGGUCACUUGGAGAGCAGAUCUGGAAAAGUAACAUUCCCGAAGAUGAAAAUCCCCAAGUUCACCGCCUCUGGCCGCGAGCUGGUGGGCAGAGAGGUGGGGGUGGAUAUCAAUUUCCCUAAAGGGGAGGCCGGCGGCCAGGCUGGUGCCGGAGAGGGCGAGUGGGAAGAGUCCGACGUCAAACUGAAAAAGUCCAAAAUCAAGAUGCCCAAGUUCACCUUCUCCAAACCCAAAGGGAAGGGCGGCGCCACCGGCUCGCCGGAAGCUUCCAUCUCGGGCUCCAAGGGGGACCUGAAGAGCUCCAAGGCCAGCCUGGGCUCUCUGGAGGGAGAGGCCGAGGCCGAGGCGUCGUCGCCCAAGGCCAAGUUCUCCCUGUUCAAGAGCAAGAAGCCCCGGCACCGCUCCAACUCCUUCAGCGACGAGAGGGAGUUCUCGGCGCCCACCACCCCGACCGGGACUCUGGAGUUCGAGGGCGGCGACGUGUCGCUGGAGGGCGGGAAGGUCAAAGGGAAGCACGGGAAGCUGAAGUUUGGUACCUUCGGCGGGUUGGGGUCAAAGAGCAAAGGUCAUUACGAGGUGACGGGCAGCGAUGACGAGGCAGGCAGGCUGCAGGGGAGCGGCGUGUCCCUGCAGAAGUCCCGGCUGUCCUCCUCCUCCAGCAACGACAGCGGGACGAAGGUCGGCAUCCAGCUGCCCGAGGUGGAGCUGGUGGUUUCCACCAAGAAGGAGUAGCCGGCCCGUGUACAUACAUGCAGGAGGACACACGCCUCGGGGGUGUGUCUGUAUAUUCCCUCCGGCGAGCACAGGCCGCAGCCUCCGCAGCGGGCACGGAGCGGCCGCGGGGCCGGUGCCACCAGCGCUUCCGCCGGCUCGGAGCCCCCGGCUCGGCCAGCCGCCUGCGGAGUCAGCAGUAUUUGCCUUAAGAUUUCUUUUUUCAUUUUUUAUCUUUAAUUUUUUUGCAUUGAACGCUGACGAGAACUCCCGUUUACUACGCAAGCUUUGUGUUUAUUACCCUUAUUUUUACUGGACCUGGGUAGUGUCGGGGUCUUUGGCAACCCACUUCCUUUUUCAUUGCCAACAUGGCGGGUUUCUGUUAGUGAGGGCGGGCGGGGGAGAAGGCAGUCGCGGGAGCCGGACCUCCGUGCCUCCUAAGACUGGGUCCGCGCGAGCAGCAGACACCCCCGGGUGGCCGAGAGGAGUGGGUGUCUGUCCCCCCGCGGGGAGAGGGAGUGAGAAUCUGUGGGCCAGGCCUUCCAUUCUGGGCCGGGUAAGGGGAGCACCCUGUUCCUGACGCUAGUUCUGACUCCUUUUAACCAGCGUUACCGUGGUUAAGGGCCUCCCCGCACUUUAAUGGCAACUUAAGGAUGUAAGGAAAUGGAAGCUGUCGAUGGCAAAUAAAGCUGUUUAUUAACCUGA